GUCAAGUCAGUCGAGUCAGACAAUUUUCUAACCUCUCACGUAUUUAAUUCUAACAAAUUUAUAAAAAUGCUACUUAAGCUUAGUUUUUUAGUUUUAUUCUUAAGUAUAAUAAAUGCAGAAAGUGGAAUAUUGCAAUCAGUUAGUGAUGACGAGUUACUUCAAUUGAUAAAGGACAGAGAAAAACUUAUCGUAUUGUUCACUAAACCUGAUUGUGAUGUAUGUACGAAGUUGAACAACAAUUUGGAAGGGCUAAAGGAAGACUUUAAGAAGCAUUUAAAUGCAGAUACAGUCAAGGCUUUGAAUAGCCAUCUAGCCAGGCUGUACAGCCCGACCAAGGAACCUGCAAUUGUCUUUUUUAGACAUGGGAUACCUUUACUGUACAGUGGUGAGCCUGAUGAAAAUGAAAUCUACGGGUUUUUGGAAAAGAACCAAUCACCAGUAGUAAAAGAACUCAAUGAUAAAAUCUUUGAGCACAUAACUCAAGCUGCUACUGGUGCAACUACCGGAGACUGGUUUAUUAUGUUCUACGGUGCAUCAUGCGUGGAAUGCCAGCGACUGCACGCAGUGUGGGAAGGCGUGGGCGCGACUCUCCGCGGGCGAAUUAACGUUGCGCGCAUAGACGCAAAUCUAGCCGGCCUUAAUACUGGCAAGCGGUUCCAGGUCUCUAAGCUGCCAGCGUUCUUAUUUUUCCGCCUUGGUAAAGUUUAUAGGUACAACAUUCCUAAAAAUGAUGUAAAAUCGUUCGUCACGUUUGCUCAAGAUUGGUACAAAAAUGCAAAGGCUGAGAGUGUGCCUCUUGUUUCAUCACCAUUUGACGAACUCGUGGACUGGUGUGUUGAGAUGAUUAAAUUUGGCGUUGCCCUUGGACUGGAGCUGCUGGCCAAGUACCCCUGGAUUUGGCAGAUCGGAGGAGCCGGUUUCGGCCUCGUAGCCAUCACGGCUCUUAUUGCGUUAGUCAAAGCUGGCCGAUCAAAACCAGCGAAGGAGACGAAAAAGGAGAAAAAGAGCAAAUAGGACGUUUUGAUUUUGAACAGUGGUUCUCAUCCUUUUUCUGCCAAUGACUAGUAAAUGGUCAAUGGUUAGGAAGUAAAUGCUUACAACGUGAAAGUCAAAAUGUUGAUUUAUUUUUCUAUUUAUAAAUUCUUCGGGCUUCUACUGGUGCUUCCAGGGACCAUUGGCUAAGAACCACCCAGAGAGACUGACUCAGCAUUUAUUUGAAAUACAGCCAGUGGCGUCAAAUUGUGAUUAUUUAUGUAUUGUAUGAUAUAAGUAUGUGUUUACAUUUGGUAUGUACAAAUAUUCGUGUCUGUUUAUAUAUUCUAAGUGGAUUCGUGCAAGAUUGACAAUAUAACAAAUUGCGUUAUUUUAAGUUUUAUCUGACAAAUAGGGGAUAGCUUCGUGCUAAUUUUUUGUCUUUAAAUACAUAUCCAGAAGAGUCUAGCUAGAUUCAAUACAUCUGAUGCCUGCCAACCCUGCCAUACAGUCUACUAUCACUGUUAGUGAGACCAGAUCAUUUUGGAUUUGAUUUAAGUUUCCGUCCUAAAUUAAGAUUAUGUAUUGUAAAAAUCUAGAUGAUCUAUCAUGAUAGUAAGCUGCAUUAUAUUAUAUUUUUCUACUUUUGUAUAAUCUAAAUAUUUUUAAUGAAAUAGAGUUUAGUUUGGUAUUGGUAGGUAUCUUUGGAAUAAUUUGUUAGUGAGACCAUUCCUUAAUUAAUUGAUUGUCAACCUUUUAUCAGGCUAGGGGAAGGCAUUUAUUUCCCAUAUAUGGCACUUCCAACAUGUGUUGUAUUUAGUAGGCCGGCGGAACAGGUUUUAGGUUACUUUUCUUAUUUUUUGAUAUAUGUGGUUAAUUAUUUUAUAGAGGAUAUUCACAGUCAUUUGGUAUAAAAUUUGGAAUAAUCCAUUCAGUCAUUUUCAUUUUAGAAGCAGUUCAAAGUCAGCAGUGGAAUGUGAAAUUGUUGAAAUUUUUCUAAUAAUUUGUUAGACCAAGUGGUGAAAAUGUUACAGUAUGUCAUACAUUUGUGGUCUACUCACAAAGCCCUUUCAUUUGUUACCCCACAUGGUAUGUU